UUAAUAUUUAGUAAAAAUUUAGACUACUAUUGCGAUAUAGAAUCGAUUUCAUGCGAUAUUGAUUAUUAAUUAUUAUUGUUAUUUUUAUUAUAGCAUUAAUUGUUUACGUAUUUUACACUAUUAAAAUAGUGAUCUAUAACUCGUAAUCAUACAAGAAAUAUUAUUGUAAAAUAUCAGCUGUGAAGGUAUGAUUUAAUAUUUCGUUUAAUUUUGAAUUUGAAUGUGUUUCGCGCCGUUGCGUAGAAGAAGUAUGAGUGUUCGCGCGCCGGAUUAUCAGAUUAGGUUAGAAAAGGCCCGACGCCGCCGGCACUCUCGAACACGAGGCACAUUAGCUUGGCGAUAGCGAUAGAGACUGGUUCCAAAUUUUGUAUCGUCGAAGAAUACCGUCUACACGAUUGUCACGUCGAGAUAUAGAGCCAAGCCGAGAGAUCUGCCGAUACCGUAGCGAGAAAAUAGAGGAACCUGAGACGAGGAAAUCAAAUAUUUGGAUUUUAUUGUAACUUUUCUGAAAAGUCGAGUUGCGAUAACGAUAUGGCGGAAAGUAACGAUCAAGUUUUACCCCUUGAGAGCCCAAAAUCCGAGAUGAAAUUGUUACUAGAACGAUUAUAUAACGAAGUACAUGUAGCUCGAAACGCAACGAGGGCCGUAGCUCAAACCGUUAAUAGAUUGGAUAUCAUAGGCGAUAGAAUGGAUUCGAAAAUAGAGAAAUUACAGGAAGAACUCGCUAACUCAAUUGCUUCCAAGAAACCAGAAAAUGAGUGGAUUAUGGAAGAUGGUAUCAAUUAUUUUGAUAUAGUGAAGACUAUCAACCACAAAUUUCCAGGACUAUUGAUUUCGCUAACGCAAUUUCCGCAACCGAAACCCGAAUAUAUAGAUCUAGUUCCCGAAGAUGCUGGUGUUCCUGGAUUGUUACCAGAUUUACCUAAGGUCAAUGAAGUCAUUCCAGAAGAAAACGAGUUAGAAUUAGAUGUCUCCGCAGAACCAACGCACCCAAUACCUUGCAAAUGUCAUGAACGUGAACUAAGUGAUGCGAGUACUCAGACUUGCCCUAUCGACUUUUUGAAUGAAGGAUCUGGUAACGCACAAGGGUCAAAUUCUGGCCAAGAACUUUUUCCACCUGAAGAACAUCCAGAAAAUCACAAAAUCAACAUCGAAGAUCCCUCCACUAGUCAUGUUAGAGUUCCACGCAAAAAUGGUUGUUGGAAUUGUAGUUCCAUGUUGCACAAAUAUGCCGAUUGUGAUCAACCCUUCGAUCGUAUUUUUUGUUACCACUGCAGUUACGAAGGAUUCAUAACUGCUGAUUGCCCUAAUUGUGAUGGUAAACAAUUAAUAGAAGGAGUCCACUACAUUCGAAGACACAGAGAAUAUUGAAGCCAAAGUUUAUAAAAUUUAUUCUACCAACUCCGAUCGUUAAUUUCGUCUCGUUAAUGCAAUAAUAUUUUUUUUUGGAUAUCGUAUUUAAAUUUUUCUUAUUUCGUGUUGUUACUAUUACAUACAAUUUCUUUUCGUUUCUACAAAUAUCGUUUAAUUAUCACGUUAUUUACGAAUCACUAUUAUCGAUCAGAUUAAUUACGUCGUGAGUAAUAACAUUUAUAAUUUUCGUUUAUUUUAGUUUAAAGAUACUGUUUUCGUUUAUAGAAAUAUGAUCGUUCCCUGAUAUCGUACUAAGUAACUAAUCUAUCUUGUUUGAUUCAAUAUAUAUUUCCAGUAUAAAAGAAGAAAGUCGAUUGACGACUGUUAUAAUGAUCUCAGAAUUUGACAACAGCGCCAAAGAAGGCUGCAGACUAAUAAUU